AUGCUCACUCUCAAAAGCGAGGCUGCAGAGGAUCUCGCCUCUUUGCCUUCCCCUGCAGCAGCCAAGGAAUUAGAACACUGGGAACGAGUCGUCUUCGCAUUCGACAUGGACCGUGACCAACAACCCCCUAAUCCGAGAAAUCCUCCAAGAUCACGCUCUACUUCUAGUUCUACCAACGCCCAAGGACAGCAGCAACAUUCUCUUGAUAACAGCGGCGCAAGUGAGUUCACCACCUUCUAUUUCCAUCCCCGAACAUCCGGAACCUCAAUACCGUCAGAUUUGCAGGAUGCUGCCUUACUGGCACAAUUCGCGGCGGCGGCGUCUGGGACAGCUGAUCUUGAUCAACCGUAUCCUGGCAUGGUGCCCCAGGGAACACCUUACCCUUCUAUGGCUCCGUCUCCGGGAUUUUAUGGCAACUUCCUCCACCAUACCUCAAUGCCGCCGCCACAACUUCCGCCUCUCUCAUCCCUCGACUUCGCUUGGCAUGGUGUGCAAACGCAUCAUCCCCAAGCGGGGCCCAGCCAUUACGAUCCCCACCAUAGCCAUCCGAGCACGGGCAUGUUACCCUUCCUCGAUCCGCACUACGGGUCCCUGCCGGCUUCAGCGUCGGCGUCUACUUCUGCGUCUACUUCCGACGCGACAAGAGCUUCAGCUGGCCGUGGUCGCGGUUCACACUCCCCAGGAGCGGCAUCAUCAUCAUCCCCGCCAGCAGACGACGAGCAGGGCCGAGCGAUAGCAGACGAGAAGAGACGCAGGAACACAGCAGCCUCCGGUAAGAGCACCUGCUUGCCGACACUAGAUUCGUCUCAGCAUUCAUCAACAGCGCGUUUUCGAAUCAAGAAGAAGCACAAGACGAUCACCCUAGAGCGUUCAGUGUCGGACUUGACUGGGAGAGCAGAGGAACUGGAACGCGAGGUCGCUGACCUGCGCCGAGAGAAUGGUUGGCUGAAGGAGAUAGUCAUGCUCAAAGGCACACAGUUCGCUGCAAGUAACCUUGCCCAUCGUCAGGCAUUGAGCCAGGCAGCCGCCCUCGCCACAGGGAGUGCCUCAAUGAGCCAAGGUGCCAGCGCCAGUGGAUCGGGAGGAGGCGCACCCACCACGCGCUCAGAGCCCAGUACAGAUGAGGAGGAAUCCGAAUCUGAGGUCGAGGACAAGUCGAAGAAGGGGAAGGGCAAAAAACCCGCCAAGUCUUCGAAGAAGUAG